AGACCGCCCGGCCACAGGCGGAGCCAGCGCUCCGCCGCGGCUUUCAGACUCGGACCCCAUGGCUUCGUGCCGGUGGCCCUGGCGGCGCUGCUGCUCCUGGAGGCCGGCUGCCCGGAGCCCCGGGCCCGGCUCCCCGGGCCGCAUGGGGCCCCCCAGGCCGCCCGCCGCUGCCGACGGCGGCGUGCAGAUGUCCUACUUUAAUCUUGUGAAGAGUUUAACAUCUGCUUUUUCAAAUAGGUAUAGUAUGUCACGGUUCCAUCACACAACGUCAGCAGCGUGCUGUUGUAGUAAAACAUGGAGUGGUGAGAAAUACAUCGAUCCUUUCAAACUCGGUUGGAGAGACUUGAAAGAUCUGUAUGAAGACAUUAGAAAGGAACUAGUCAUAUCUACAACCGAACUUAAGGAAAUGUCUGAAUACUACUUCGAUGGUAAAGGAAAAGCCUUUCGACCAAUUAUUGUGGUGCUAAUGGCCCGGGCGUGUAAUAGCCAUCAUAAUAACUCCCGAGACGUGCAAGCAGACCAGCGCUCCAUAGCCUUAAUUGCAGAAAUGAUCCACACUGCUAGUCUGGUACACGACGAUGUCAUCGACGAUGCAAGUUCUCGGAGAGGAAAACACACGGUUAAUAAGAUCUGGGGUGAAAAGAAGGCUGUUCUCGCUGGUGAUCUAAUUCUUUCUGCAGCAUCUAUAGCUCUGGCACGGAUCGGAAAUACAACUGUCAUAUCUAUUUUAACCCAAGUUAUUGAAGAUUUGGUGCGUGGCGAGUUUCUUCAGCUAGGGUCAAAAGAAAAUGAGAACGAGAGAUUCGCACACUACCUUGAAAAGACCUUCAAGAAGACUGCCAGUCUGAUAGCCAACAGUUGUAAAGCAGUCUCUGUCCUCGGAUGCCCUGAUCCAGCGGUGCAUGAGAUUGCCUAUCAAUACGGGAAAAACGUGGGAAUAGCCUUUCAGCUAAUAGACGACGUGUUGGACUUCACCUCGUGUUCUGACCGGAUGGGCAAACCAACGUCGGCAGAUCUGAAGCUUGGGUUAGCCACCGGCCCUGUCCUGUUCGCUUGCCAACAGGUAUUAUGCCCAUUCUACAAAUAAGAAAGUGAUGUGCAAACUUGGCCAAAAUUAAACAUCUGGUAAAUGGCACAGCAGACAAUUAGACGCCAACUCCUCUCAGACCAGUGUUCCUAUCACUACCCAAUGUAUUACCAGUGCCAGUGCUGAUGCUGAUGCAAGCUGGCGCCUGCGGAGCUUGUCCGAUCCCCUGUGGGGCUUCCCGCAGAGCAGGUAACUGGCGUUCUCUGCACUGGCGAUGCUCAACGAAGAGCUUCUGUGUCGGCUUCCAUGAUUUGUCGUUAACCUAACCCAUUUAGUGGACUUGUUGUGAGAUGUUUGUAAUCUUUUCCACAGGUAGGGGAAUUUUGUUUGCCAAUUAAUUAGCCCUUGCAUUUUUCCAUUUGCGAACACUGAGUCUCCACCAAGACAAACAAGCUUGGGAAGCCAUUUUUCCUUUUUAACUUCACACAGCGGGUUGUCUUGUAAUUGGAAUUUGUUGGACCCAGCAACUUAGUAGAAACUCCCUCUCUCUGGAAUUCACUAUUUUUGACAUCUCCUGAAGGUUUCUUGAUAACCUUGGUACAGGGGAUUUAAGGAAAGUUUCGGCAUUUCUGAGAGGUCCCCAUGAUGACAGUGUCCUUCCAUGUAUACGUGUAUACGUAUUUUCUGUAAGAACAAAAACAUCAUGUUGAAUCUCUAAAAAGUAUAGAAGUUGGAUUUUGAGAUCUUCAGAAACAAAAUGGAA